GAGUCAGACCAUGGGCACAGGUGCCCUCACUGUAGAGUCAGACCAUACGCACAGGUGCCCUCACUGUGGAGUCAGACCAUGGGCACAGGUGCCCUCACUGUGGAGUCAGACCAUGGGCACAGGUGCCCUCACUGUGGAGUCAGACCAUGGGCACAGGCACCUCCAUUGUGGAGCCAGACCAUGGGCACAGGUGCCCUCACUGUGGAGUCAGACCAUGGGCACAGGUGCCUCCAUUGUGGAGCCAGACCAUGGGUACAGGUGCCUCCAUUGUGGAGCCAGACCAUGGGCACAGGUGCCUCCAUCGUGGAGCCAGAUCAUGGGCACAGGUGCCUCCAUUGUGGAGCCAGACCAUGGGCACAGGUGCCUCCAUCGUGGAGCCAGAUCAUGGGCACAGGUGCCUCCAUUGUGGAGCCAGACCAUGGGCACAGGUACCCCCACUGUGAAGCCAGAUCAUGGGCACUGUGGACACAGCAAACUCUCAGAGGAGCCAAACUGUUGA